AUGCAGGAUGCGUUGUCAUCGACUCGAGUGGGCACUAAUCGUACUUUUGUGGCUCGCUUGAACUCGCCUCCGCCUCCACUACUCCAUCAUCAGCCCCAACCUGGAAUACAUCAGCCCCGUCAAUGGUAUGAUCAAGAUCCACAGUAUGGCGGUGUUUGCAAGUAUUAUUUGAGGGGUAUGUGCACCUGGGGACGAGACUGCAAAUACGCACAUACACGGGAGGUGAGAGGUUUUAUUGUUUGUUUGUUGUUUGAUUAUUUGGUGGACUUUUGCUUUUGA